AUGGCAAGAUUUUUUUGGGGUCAAAAAAGUGCUCGCCGGAAUAUGCAUUGGAAAUCAUGGGAUGGUAUGUGUGUACCGAAAUGCUUCGGAGGAAUGGGCUUUAAAGAUCUUGAAAUAUUUAAUGAUGCAUUACUCGGCAAGCAGGCAUGGCGGCUUAUUCACAAAGAUGAUUCGCUCUUGAGUCGAGUUCUGAAGGCGAAAUACUACCCCAAUUCCUCCUUCCUUGAUUCUUAUUUGGGAGUAGGUGGGAGCUACUCAUGGAGGAGUGUAUGGAGUAGUAAAUCUCUUGUGAAAGAGGGAGUUAUCUGGCGCAUAGGGAAUGGCUCGAAUGUUAAUGUUUGGAGCAACCCUUGGCUUGCUGACACGGAAGGGCGGUUUGUGACAAGCCCGGUUGUUGAAGGAAUUACGAAUGUGAGUGACUUGGUUGAUUUAGAGAAUAUGGAAUGGAAUUAUGAGGUCAUUUCUACAGCCUUCAAUGACUGA